UGUCAAAACAAAAGCUAUCUUAUGCAGACAGUGCAAGAUGAAACAUUGCGGCGUCAGUUGUUAACUGUAUAGACUAUACUAAAUAGAACGGCUUUACACCUAUGAGGCUUUUCAGUUUAUCUUGCCUUUGGGAAAGGUAUCCUGAUCAUCCUUUUAUUUAGAGCAAGUCGAUGGGUUGCGAUUAGCCUACAUCUUUACUUCAUUGAGCACUUGGCUCUUAUGCAGCCUAUACCAUGUAUGACUCAUGUUGUUUGAAGGGAACUAAGAAGUUUUGUUCUACGUAUAGGCUUCAAUCAGGGAAAAUGAAUUGAGUUAAGCAUUUAAUAUUUCGUCUCUGAGUAUUUCGAGACCCUUCUCGGAAUUACUGGAAUAACGGACUCAUUGCGCAGUCUGAUAAAGUAAACGGGAAAUCAAAUUCUGAAUGUAGCCUUGUUUAUUUGGCGAGCGCUCAGGCAAGCUACUCCCUCACUGUCGCCGUUGAAACCCUGAGGAGACAACCAUCUCAUUCAAUAAAGCGGAAUCAAUUCAGAAGAAUGAAUAUAGCACAUUGAGGAGCAUCUCUCAAGAAUCGUCGUAACCUGCCACAGUCGUGGUGGACACACUGCUUGUGAAUGAGAGAUAACAUUACCGUGGAGAAGAUACUUUCUCCACUUCCACCCGAAAGGUUGCUAUUUCUCCUGUGGUGCUUGUGUGGAACGUGCCACACACCCACUCCAGAACAACGACGGCUUUUGCUUGCAUCUUCCAGUGUUUCUUCUGUCAGCAAGUCCAGCAGAGUUGCAACUCAUCUAGCGCCAGUCCUGAACCCAACGAGGAGCAGCACGAGAGUGAGAUGGUGAAGAUGACCAAGUCCAAGACGUUCCAGGCAUACCUGCCCAACUGUCACCGGACAUACAGCUGCAUCCACUGCCGAGCUCACCUAGCCAACCACGAUGAGCUAAUCUCAAAAUCAUUCCAAGGCAGUCAGGGACGAGCCUACCUCUUCAACUCUGUAGUGAACGUGGGCUGCGGCCCUGCAGAGGAGCGGGUUCUUCUUACAGGUUUACACGCCGUAGCAGACAUCUACUGUGAAAACUGCAAAACCACUCUGGGCUGGAAAUACGAGCAUGCGUUCGAGAGCAGCCAGAAGUAUAAAGAGGGCAAGUUCAUCAUCGAGCUGGCCCACAUGAUCAAGGACAAUGGCUGGGAGUGACCCCUCAGGAUCUUCUCUACUCCCCUUGUUUUGUGACCUGUUUUUGGCGGGCGGCCCUGCAUCGGACUUCACAGGGUGACACACCACCACACUGACUUCCCAGACCACCCACCGACCCCCCCCCCCCCCCCCCCUUUCUGCCACUUUUUUUGCCUCUCCUCUCUCAACAACAUCCCCCCCAUCCCCUCCCUCAGUCUCCCGCAAUCUCUGGCCUGUUUUGAAGCAGGGACAUGGCAAUAGAGUGAGGGAUAUUGAGAGAGAGAGAGAGAGAGAGAGAGAGAGAGGAAGAAACAAAGAGAGAGAGACGGAGCAAAAGAAUGAAAGAGAGAGAGAGAGAGAGAGAGAGAGAGAGAGAGAGAGAGAGAGAGAAACACAAGGAGACCCUUUCCCCCUCUCCUCCUCCUCCCUCCGACCUCUGGCCAUUGGUGGUCACAGAAACGUUUGUCGAUGCCGACUUGCGUGACAUCCAAGCCCUCUCUUUGUGUGGACAGUGGGUGGACAAGGCCCUCUUCUUUCGUUGUUCUUCUCUUCUACAGGUUUGGUGUGCUUUAAACUACAUGUGUACUGCUAAGUGUGAGAACAGGCAAACCGUGCUCAGAAGACUCUUCUUUUUUUCUUUUUGGACAUGAACCUGGGACAAGGCGUGUCUUGUUGUUAUCUUUUCAUUUCCAUUUUUGUUUUGUUGCUGUUGCUGUUGUUGUUGUUGUUACUGUUGUUGUUGUUGUUGUUGUUUUCAUUGACGUUCUUUCUUUUUUGCGGGAAUCUUUUAUCUGAUGGCAGACUGAUGUUACUGGUUAGCAUUUCUCUCCUCUCGCGUCAGGUGCGCUCACCUCCUCCUCCUAAGCAUGCUUUUUCUUUGCUGUGUGAUUGGGGUAGGGGUUGGGGGGGUGAGUUUAGGGUGGGGGGGCUGGAGUUAAACAGGAAGGGAUUGGACAUGUAGCAGUUCUGAGUUUUGUUUUCCUUUUUUUAUUUUCCGUUUGGUAUUUUAGUUUCGGGGAGAUUGGCGGCAUUGGCAGUGGCAUGACGUUGUUUUUCUGUCUGACAUCCCUUGUGUUUAUCUAUUGUGUUGUGGUUUGUUCCCAACCCUUUUGUUCCCCUUUCUCCGAUGACUUCACCGUGCAAUCGCUGGGACCUUCCCAUCCCAGGUACCAGGAUGGCCCCUCUCACCCUGUCAAGCAUCGGUCACAGUUCCUGGUGCUUUUGUUCAAUUUUACGUUUGUGUUUUUUUUUUUUUUUUACGUGGCAUUGUGUGGCUGGUCCCAUUUUGCAGCAGUACUAGAUGUGGAAAAAAAAUAGGAUUUAAAACAGAAAAAAAGAGAUCAAAGCAAAUUGAAUGCACUGGACAGUAGGGGAAACUUUUGACUCUUUUGUCAAGCCGUGAGUAGAAUGUCCGUGUUACUCAAAAAAAAAAACGACAACUGUUGGUUUUUUUUUGUUCCCUUCCUCAACCACGCCAAAUGUGUCAUGUAGUGUAGCCGAACCGUUACAGCAACGUUACAGUAACGUUACAGCAGAAUAAUCCUAUCCAUGUGUUAUGUUCAUCUGUAUGCAGACGUGACGUACUCCCGCGUACAGCUGUGGACAUGCUCAUGCGUACUGUGUAUUUGUUUGCGCAUUACAUUAUCGCAUACUUGAAUGCAGAUAACUUUGUUUGCACUUUGCGGAGGCCUUGUUCAUGAGUUUAGAGGCAAAAGUCUGUCUGUCUGUCUUUUUAUGGCCUUUUUCUCAUUGAUGAUUGAAUGAUUGUAUAAGAUGCUUUGAAUGCAACGCAGGGCUGGAUGAUUGCAGGCAUAAUCAUCUCCCCAUCGCGUCGACCUUCCUCUUUGUUCCUCCUUCCUUUCAGAGCAUUAUGUGACGGCAAAGGCGAAUUUUUUCCUUUUUUUUUUUGCUUUCCUGUUGAUCCGACACAGUUUCUCUAAAGACACUAGUAGUUUUUUGAUUCACCUCUCCGCUCUGCACAUGGAUAGAUGCAUGACUCAAAGCUACCCUCUUCUUUUGAUGGAUAUGAAAUCAUGGUUUUAUUUUAUUUUUAAUUUCAAUUUUAAUUUUAUUUUAUUUUGCAAUAUAUUUUGCUGCUGCUAGAGAGAUGCAAUCCCACACGCUUUCACUUUUGAUCUUCUGCACUUUACCGCUGUCCGAGAGCAUACGAAUGGCCAUGUUGUUUCUAGAUGUUCUAGAUGUUUCUAGAUGUUUCCAUGUCUUUGCCUCUAAGCAGCAUGAAUCAUGUGCCUCUUCAAAAAGAAAAAAAAACUCCCUCUCUCCUCUGUUGUGCAGUGCAUGACUCGAUGAACCCAGCACAUCUACGGUAGCCCACAUGGGCACAAAAUUAAUCUUGAAAUAACUAUAUAUACAUAAAAUAAAACAAACAAGCUUCACAGCUUCAACCUCACAGAACUAUAUCCAAUUGAGAGACUAUUGAAAAUAAAUCAUCUACUAUUUUUUUCAUAAGUCUACCUGGCAAAGUUAUGAGAGUUACUAUGAUUUAAAGGGUUGUAUUCCUCAGAGUUUAGUAGUAGUGGAACAUUAAUGGGGGGGGCGGGGGGGUCAUACUGUCCUUCCAUUGAAAGAGGUUGGGGUAGUUUUCCGUAGGCCUGUAUUGAGAGUGACUCGGAGCAGGUAGUUAAAUAGUGAGGUGUGGAGACGGUGGAAAAUCAGCAGUGGACGCUUCGCAGCGUUCAUUGUCCAGGUCAGUCAGGUCACAUGACCUUUUAAUCAGUCAAAACAAAGACAAUGCAAACAAUAUAGGUGUAGUGGUAUCCUACUUGAAAAAAAAAAAAAACUUACAGACAAGACAUUGUCCCUGUUACAGUUUUUGUACAUAAAGUAACAUAUUUAAGGUUUUAUACAUAUUUCUACUGGGUUAGUUCCUUUUACUUCCCCGACUUGAAGCACUUUUGUUCACGUACCUCUGGCUUUAUGUGUACGUUUGUAUGUGUGUAUGUCUCAAUGAGUAUGUAUGUGUGUGUAUGUGGAUGUAUGUGUGUGUGUGUGUGUGUGUGUUUGUUACUUUCCCCUCGGUUUGAUCUCCAUUUUUGUAGCCACUGACUUGCUUUUCCUUAUUUCUUUUCAUUUCACUUCUGUGUUUGAUCUCGUUUUCAUAUGUGCUGUCACACUGAGUAGUCAGUUAGUGCUUAAUCGAAGCACAGUGACGUACUAUAGAAGCCUGGAUUUUUGGAGCAUUUUUACAAGGCGAUUUUGUUUGUUGUUUGUUGUUUGUGUGUGUGUGUGUUUUGUUUUCCUCUUUUUUUUUCUCUCUCUCUAAGUUGUACCCUUUGGCGAAAGCCUAGUAGAAGUGCAGUCGGCUGGUCAUGUUUUAGUGUUGUGGACUGAAGGGUGGGGUGAGCUGGAUUCUCCUGCCGAUUCCCAGGAGAACAUCGACCAAGACCGUUUCUCGCAAGCUUUCCCUAAAGACUGUAAACAAACAAACAAACAAACAAAAACAAAAUAAAAGCGUACAUUUGCUGAGGCCAGUGUCACUGUAAGUGCACACCAAAUAAUUUACUGUGCUCUAUGGAGACUUCUAAAGGGUGAACAAGUCCAUGCUCCUGAAAUACAUUCACUAUCAAGAAUCUCACACUGCUGGAUACACUUGGAAAAACCAAAAAAACAAACUAACAAACAAACAUGCUGUGGCCUCUUGUUUACCAAGUGUGACAUUCUGAAUAGAUGUGUAAGGUUAUGAAAUGUGUAUUCUAAUCUAAACAAACUGUUCUUAUUAUCUUCCCACGGCAGCAUCAGAAGGGAGAUCUUUGUCGUUGGCUGCCAAAAAGAGAUUGUUUAUCCCUAGCUAUUUCUUUUGGUGACACUGGCUUCAAACUUCUUUAUUGUUUCAAAGAAAUGUUCAUCUAUAGGAUGCCACUAAAGACAUUAGUCUAAAGGCAUCAUAGGUAUGCAAAGGUAAAGAUUGUAAGUUUGAAGAAUUAUUUUCUUAGGACUGUUAAAAUAUAAGGUCUAAAGCAUGUUGUAUUUAUAUUGGCUCUAUUAAGUCGUGCCUGUUUUUUUUUCUUCAAAAAGCAAAAAAAUAUGCUUUUUUUCUUUUUACUUGAUUACAUUGCUUUGCAUUCUGUCCUAGUAAAAUGUCACAUUUGUCUGUUUUUCACUGUAUUGUAAACUAUCAGAUAUCACAAUAAACCUUAAAUGGCAUUUUGUGCUGAG